AUGGAGGCUAUUCUGGUGUCCAGCGGUGUGGGCUCGGGUUUCCAGCGGUGUGGGCUCGGGUGUGCACUGGCCCUCACCUGUCGCAGCUCUGACGAUACUUUAAAGUCUAAGUUGAAGAAGAAGAACCAGCAUGUGUUUGAGGGGGUCAUUAAAGCAGGAAAUAAAACUCUUCUGGAGCAGAUCUACACAGAGCUCUUCAUCACAGAGGGAGGGACCGGAGAGGUCAACGAUGAACAUGAAGUCAGACAGAUUGAAGCAGCUUCCAGGAAGCCACACAGAGCAGAAACAGCCAUCAGACAGGAAGACAUCUUUAAACCCCCACCUGGAACAGAUGAAACAAUCCGAACAGUGAUGACGAUGGGAGUGGCCGGCAUCGGGAAAACCGUCCUAACACAGAAGUUCAGUCUGGACUGGGCUGAAGGCAGAACCAACCAGGGCAUCCAGUUCCUGCUUCCAUUCACCUUCAGACAGCUGAAUGGGCUGAGACAGGAGAAGUUCAGCUUGGUGGAACUUGUUCAUCACUUCUUCUCUGAAACCAGAGGAAUCUGCAGCUUUGAAGAGUUCCAGGUUGUGUUCAUCUUUGAUGGUCUGGAUGAGAGUCAACUUCCUCUGGACUUCCACAACAAUAAGGACCUGACUGAUGUUACAGAGUCCACCUCAGUGGAUGUGCUGCUGACAAACCUCAUCAUGGGGAACCUGCUUCCUUCUGCUCGUAUCUGGAUCACCACACGACCCGCAGCAGCCGAUCAGAUCCCUCCUGAGUGUGUUGACAUGGUGACAGAGGUCAGAGGGUUCACUAACCCACAGAAGGAAGAAUACUUCAGGAAAAGGAUCAGAGAUAAGAAGCAGACCAGCAGGAUCAUCUCCCACAUCAAGACAUCACAGAGCCUCCACAUCAUGUGCCACAUCCCAGUCUUCUGCUGGAUCACUGCUUCGGUCCUGGAGAACGUCCUGGAGAACGUCCUGGAGAACGUCCUGGGAACCAGAGAGGGAGGGGAGCUGCCCAAGACCCUGACUGAGAUGUACAUCCACUUCCUGGUGGUCCAGGCCAAACUGAAGAAGGUCAAGUAUGACGGAAGAGCUGCAACAAAUCCACACUGGAGUCCAGACAGCAGGAAGAUGGUGGAGUCUCUGGGAAAACUUGCUUUUGAGCAGCUGCAGAAAGGAAACCUGAUCUUCUAUGAAUCACACCUGAGAGAGUGUGGCAUCGAUGUCAGAGAGGCUUCAUGGUACUCAGGAGUGUUCACCCAGAUCUUUAGAGAGAAGAGCAAUCUGUACCAGGACCAGGUCUUCUGCUUCAUCCAUCUGAGUGUCCAGGAGUUUCUGGCUGCUCUUCAUGUCCAUCAGACCUUCAUCAAGUCUGGAGUCAACCUGCUGGAGGAACAAAAGUGGUUCUUUGUAUGGUGGUUUAAAACAAGAGCCGUGACUGAGCUCUAUCAGACAGCUGUGGACAAGGCCUUACAGAGUCAAAACGGACACCUGGACUUGUUCCUGCGCUUCCUCCUGGGUCUUUCACUGGAGACCAAUCAGAACCUCCUACGAGGUCUGUUGGAACCAAAACAAAGAAGUUCACAGAACAAUCAGGAAACAGUUGAAUACAUCAAGAAGAAGAUCAGUGAGGAUCUGUCUACAGAGAGAAGCAUCAACCUGUUCCACUGUCUGAAUGAACUGAACGAUGGUUCUCUGGUGGAGGAGGUCCAACAGUACCUGGGGUCAGGACAUCUCUCCACAGAUAAACUGUCUCCUGCUCAGUGGUCGGCUCUGGUCUUCAUCUUACUGUCAUCAGGAGAAGAUCUGGAGGAGUUUGACCUGAAGAAGUUCUCACGUUCAGAGGAGGCUCUACGGAGGCUGCUGCCGGUGUUCAAAGCCUCCAAGAAAGCUGUGUUGAGUGGCUGUAACCUCUCAGGGAACAUCUGUGCAGAUCUGUCCUCAGUUCUCAGCUCUCAGUCCUCCAGUCUGACAGAACUGGACCUGAGUAACAACAACCUGCAGGAUUCUGGACUGGAGCAGCUUUGUCCUGGACUGGAGAGUCCACACUGUCACCUGGAGUCUCUCAGGUUGAGAGACUGUAACCUCUCAGGGAACAUCUGUGCAGAUCUGUCCUCAGUUCUCAGCUCUCAGUCCUCCAGUCUGACAGAACUGGAUCUGAGUAACAACGACCUGCAGGAUUCUGGACUGGAGCAGCUGUGUCCUGGACUGGAGAGUCCACACUGUCACCUGGAGUCUCUCAGGUUGGAGAGGUGCAGGUUGUCAGAAAUCAGCUGUUCUUCUCUGGGCCCAGCUCUGAAGUCCAACCCCUCCCAUCUGAAACAUCUGGACCUGAGCAGGAACCAGGACCUGCAGGAUUCAGGAGUGAAACAUCUGAGUGGAUUUCUGGAGAGUCCAGACUGCAGGCUGGAGUAUCUGGGGUUGGAGUACUGCGGUCUGUCAGAGAUCAGCUGUUCUUCUCUGGUCUCAGCUCUGAAGUCCAACCCCUCCCAUCUGAAACAUCUGGACCUGCGUGGGAACAAGAACCUGCAGGUUUCAGGAGUGAAACAUCUGAUCUCAACUCUGAAGUCCAACCCCUCCCACCUGAAACAUCUGUACCUGAGAGAUAACGACCUGCUGUAUCCAUAUGUGGAGCAGCUUUCUGAUCUGGCGAAGAGUCCAGACUACCAGCUGCAGGAUCUCAGGUCAGUGGAGCUUCGUCAGGCUUUUAAAGUUUAUCUCGGCGUCACUGAUAAAGAGAGUGAAGAGAUCCGUGGAAAUAGCAGCGUUUGUUAA